UUCUCUGGUCUGUCCGGGACAGACUGGCGGGCAGACCGACGCUGACGCCGCGGGGCCGGAGCGGGCCGCGCGGGAGCGCGCGGAGGGAGCACCGGCGCCGUCGGUCCCCGUCGGGGCUUGGUGGGUCCCCUGGCCCGCCCCUGGCCCGGCUAUGGCGGGCGCCAGGCCCGGCGUCCACGCGCUGCAGCUGGAGCCGCCCACCGUGGUGGAGACCCUGCGGCGCGGGAGUAAGUUCAUCAAAUGGGACGAGGAGGCCUCCAGUCGGAACCUGGUGACCCUGCGAGUGGACUCCAAUGGCUUCUUCCUCUACUGGACAGGACCCAACAUGGAGGUGGACACACUGGACAUCAGCUCCAUCAGGGACACACGGACGGGCCGUUACGCCCGCCUGCCAAGGGACCCCAAAAUCCGUGAGGUGCUGGGUUUUGGGAGCCCUGAAGCACGGCUAGAAGAGAAGCUGAUGACGGUGGUAGCCGGGCCAGACCCAGUGAACACAACAUUCUUGAACUUCAUGGCCGUGCAGGAUGACACAGCCAAGGUCUGGGCCGAGGAGCUGUUCAAGCUGGCGAUGAACAUCUUGGCUCAGAAUGCCUCCCGGAACACCUUCCUGCGCAAAGCAUACACAAAGCUGAAGCUGCAGGUGAACCAGGAUGGACGGAUCCCGGUCAAGAACAUCCUGAAGAUGUUCUCAGCAGACAAGAAGCGGGUAGAGACUGCACUGGAGUCCUGUGGCCUCAAUUUUAACCGGAGCGAGUCCAUCCGGCCUGAUGAGUUUUCCCUGGAAAUCUUUGAACGGUUCCUGAACAAGUUGUGUCUUCGGCCAGACAUUGACAAGAUCCUGCUGGAGAUAGGUGCCAAGGGCAAGCCGUACCUGACACUGGAGCAGCUCAUGGACUUCGUCAACCAGAAGCAACGGGACCCGAGACUCAAUGAAGUGCUGUACCCACCCUUGGGGCCCUCCCAGACCCGGCUGCUCAUCGAGAAGUAUGAGCCCAACCAGCAGUUCCUGGAGCGAGACCAGAUGUCCAUGGAGGGCUUCAGCCGCUACCUGGCCGGGGAGGAGAAUGGCAUCCUGCCCCUAGAGACCCUGGAUCUCAGCGCAGACAUGACCCAGCCGCUAAGCGCCUACUUCAUCAACUCCUCACAUAACACCUAUCUCACAGCGGGGCAGCUGGCUGGGACCUCGUCGGUGGAGAUGUACCGCCAGGUGCUGCUAUGGGGCUGCCGCUGCGUGGAGCUGGACGUGUGGAAAGGGCGGCCGCCGGAGGAGGAACCCUUCAUCACCCACGGCUUCACCAUGACCACGGAGGUGCCGCUGCGGGAUGUGCUCGAGGCCAUCGCGGAGAGCGCCUUCAAAACCUCGCCCUACCCAGUCAUCCUCUCCUUCGAGAACCAUGUAGACUCGGCAAAGCAGCAGGCCAAGAUGGCUGAGUACUGCCGCUCCAUCUUUGGGGAUGCGUUGCUCAUCGAUCCACUGGACAAGUACCCGCUGGCCCCGGGCAUCCCCUUGCCCAGCCCCCAGGAUCUGAUGGGCCGCAUCCUGGUGAAGAACAAGAAGCGGCACCAGCCCAGCACUGGCGUCCCCAACAGCUCUGUGCGCAAGCGGCCACUGGAGCAGAGCAACUCGGUCCUGAGCGAGAGCUCGGCCGCCACAGAGCCCUCCUCACCCCAGCUUGGGUCCCCCAGCUCCGACAGCUGUCCAGGCCUGAGCAAUGGGGAGGAGGCGGGCCUUGAGAAGCCCGGCCUGGAGCCACGGAAGUCUCUGGGUGAUCUUGGACCUGCUGACCGUGAGGAUGAGGAGGAGGAUGAAGAAGAGGAGGAACAGACAGACCCCAAAAAGCCCACCACGGAUGAGGGCACUGCUAGCAGUGAGGUCAAUGCUACUGAGGAAAUGUCAACCCUCGUCAACUAUGUCGAGCCUGUCAAGUUCAAGUCCUUUGAGGCUGCUCGAAAGAGGAACAAGUGCUUCGAGAUGUCAUCCUUUGUGGAGACCAAGGGCAUGGAACAGCUGACCAAGAGCCCCAUGGAGUUUGUGGAGUACAACAAACAGCAGCUCAGCCGCAUCUACCCCAAGGGCACCCGUGUGGACUCCUCCAACUACAUGCCCCAGCUCUUCUGGAAUGUGGGCUGCCAGCUCGUGGCGCUCAACUUCCAGACCCUGGAUGUGGCGAUGCAGCUCAACGCAGGCGUGUUUGAAUACAACGGGCGCAGCGGCUACCUGCUCAAGCCUGAGUUCAUGCGGCGGCCAGACAAGUCCUUCGACCCCUUCACCGAGGUCAUCGUGGACGGCAUUGUGGCCAAUGCCUUACGGGUCAAGGUCAUCUCCGGGCAGUUCCUGUCGGACAGGAAGGUGGGCAUCUACGUGGAAGUGGAUAUGUUUGGCCUCCCCGUGGACACACGGCGCGGCAAGUACCGCACUCGGACCUCUCAGGGGAACUCAUUCAACCCAGUGUGGGAUGAAGAGCCCUUCGAGUUCCCCAAGGUGGUGCUGCCCACGCUGGCUUCGCUGCGAGUCGCGGCCUUUGAGGAGGGCGGCAAGUUCGUGGGGCACCGGAUCCUGCCUGUCUCUGCCAUCCGCUCGGGGUACCACUACAUCUGCCUAAGAAACGAGGCCAACCAGCCCCUGUGCCUGCCAGCCCUACUCAUCUACACUGAGGCCUCUGACUACAUCCCCGACGACCACCAGGACUAUGCAGAGGCCCUGAUCAACCCCAUCAAGCAUGUCAGCCUGAUGGACCAGAGGGCCAAGCAGCUGGCUGCCCUCAUUGGGGAGAGAGAGGCUCAGGCUGGCCCGGAGACAUGCCAGGAGACCCAGUCUCCGCAGCUGGGGUCCCAGCUGACCCCAAACCCCACACCCAGCACACUGGACACCACCCCCAGACGGCCCCCAGGCCCUGUCACCUCCCCCUCCAGCCCUUCCCUUAGCAGCCCAGGUCAGCGGGAUGACCUCAUUGCCAGUAUCCUGUCAGAGGUGGUUGUGGCCCCACUGGAGGAGCUCCGAGGCCAUAAGGCUCUGGUGAAGCUCCGGAGUCGACAAGAGCGAGACCUGCGGGAGAUGCUUAAGAAGCAUCAGCGGAAGGCAGUUGCUCUCACUCGCCGAUUGCUGGACAACCUGGCCCAGGCCCGGGCCGAGAGCAGGUGCCGGCACCGACCAGGUGUCCCAGGCAGGGAGGACGAGAAGGAGGAGGAGGAAGAGGUGAAGCGAUAUCAGGAGUUCCAGAAUAGACAGGUGCAGAGUCUGCUGGAGCUGCGGGAGGCCCAGGCAGAUGCUGAGGCCGAGCGGAGGCUGGAGCACCUGAGACAGGCUCUGCAGCGGCUCAGGGAGAUUGUCCUGGAUGCUCACACAACUCAGGUCAAGAAGCUGAAGGAGAUGAAUGACAGGGAGAAGAAGGAACUGCAGAAAAUCCUGGACAGGAAACGCCACAACAGUAUCUCGGAGGCCAAGACAAGGGAGAAACAUAAGAAGGAAGUGGAACUGACAGAGAUUAACCGACGCCACAUCACCGAGUCGGUCAACUCCAUCCGUCGGCUGGAAGAGGCCCAGAAGCAGCGGCAUGAACGAGUUAUGGCCGGGCAGCAGCAGGUCCUACAGCAGCUGGUGGAAGAUGAGCCUAAGCUGCUGGGCCAGCUGGCCCAGGAAUGUCAGGAGCAGCGGGCGAGGCUGCCCCAGGAGAUCCGCCGGAGCCUGCUGGGCGAGACGCCGGAGGGGCUGGGGGAUGGACAUCUGGUGGCCUGUGCCAGCAACGGUCACGCGCCUGGGAGCAUUGGGCCCCUGUCUGGUGCUGACUCGGAGAGCCAAGAGGAGAAUACGAAGCUCUGAACUGGCUGAGCAAGAGAUGAGGAAACUGAGGCCCAGACAGAAGUCACGUGUGCCAGGCCAACUCAAGAUAUCCUGACCUGGAGGCAGGGCAGGUCUGAACACUCUAUGGCAGAUGGUCUACAGCCAGCCUGGAGGACCUGCUCCAUGCCUCCCCUUCCUGCCUCGAGACAGCGACAGCCUGGAGUGGCAGAGACCCGCAGUGAGGGUGCGGCUGGGUUCUGCUGCAGGGUCAGGCUGGCACUCCUUCAAGGCCUCUCCCAGCUUCCUGGCGGAGCUUCCCAGGCUAACUGCCUCCCUCCUACAGAGGAAGGCAGCCUCUUAUCUGGGUUUAUCUCCUGCCAAUUGAGUGUUUUCUUUCUUUGUUUUUGCUGCAGCCUCAGGCAAACCGAAAGGGUGGGGAGCCCAGAGAAACAGGACUUCCAGAGUGGGGCUCUCCCAGGGGAGGGGACCUCUACUCUGGGCCCUGGUCCCUCAGGGUCAGCACCACUGCCCAGGUCUUCCCUGCUUAUGUGUCAGUCCCUGUCCUAUCCCAAAAUCUGCCCAUAGCAUUGUGUGUCCAGGCCCCUCAGCAGCCAACUCCUAUCUUCUUGGCUCGCCUCCACUUACGGAAACACUACACGUCAGUCCCAUGGUCCUCAAAGACCAGGCUAAACUCCAAACUCCUGGGUAUGGCAUAUGAGCUCCUCAGAAGCCUGGCUUCUGCUGGCCCUCCCAUACUUCCAUGGGUCCAUUUUCUCCUCAGCCUAGAAUGACAGCCCCCUCCCCCAUUUCUCCCUGCCCACCCGCUGUGUCUUAACUCAUCUGUAUACCUAGCACAAAUUACUGGCUCAUCUAUAGGGGGCGCCAAUAAAUCUUUCUGGAAUUGAGCUCGGAGCUCUCCUCCCAGGUCCCGAUGAAAGCUUCUCUGGU